AUGGCCGAAGGCCCGCAGCUUACGGGCCUGGCUCAGUCAAGUGGGCAGGCCACUCAGCCCUCACAGUCUCUGAAGAUAUCCGAUGUAAUUCGAAGCUACCGCCCAUGCAAGGCCUUCAAGAGCUCUAAAUCCGAGUCAGCCUCUCAUUGCACAACCUCCUUGGACUUCGAUGAUCAGGGUGAAUUUGUUGUCGCGGCGGGUGACGACGAGACGAUCCAGAUUUUCGACGUCAAAGAAGGAAAAUCCACCAAAUCGGUCCCUAGCAAGAAAUACGGGGUCCAUCUCGCUCGGUUUACCCACCACUCUCGUCAGGUACUGCACGCCAGUACCAAGGUCGAUCAUUCCCUGCGUCUACUGGAUCUCCACAACGAAGGGUAUGUGCGCUACUUCUCAGGGCACACAGACAAGGUCACAUGCUUGGCAAUGUCUCCAGGUAGCGAUGCCUUCAUCUCGUGCUCCAAGGACGACACCGUCACAGUCUGGGAUCUGGGCUCUCGAAAUCCACAAGGCAAAUUAAAAUUGGCCACUCCUUAUCUUGUUGCAUUUGACCCGUCUGCUUCGGUUAUCGCAAUUGCCUCUCAGGCAACCUCCUCGAUCCUCCUUUACGAUUUCCGAAACUAUGAUAAAGCGCCCUUCUCCACUUUCGACCUAGCGCCAUAUGAGGAGAUGUACACACCCUCAACUCGUGGGCGCGCUUGGACAAGGCUUGAGUUCUCCAAUGAUGGAAAGUACUUGAUGGUUGGAACCGAUUAUCACGGACACUACAUAUUGGAUGCUUUUGAUGGAACCAUCAAGGCUUUCUUGACUGGAAAGAGUGGAUCGCCUGGGCGAGCCGCGCCUAUUUCAACCACCGGCAAGCCUCUUGGUCAAGGUGACGCCUGCUUUACGACGGAUGGACGAUUUGUGAUUGGGGGUAAUGGAGACCAGCAAGAUGUGCUUGUCUGGGAUCUGAAUGACAUUCGAGAAGGGCGACAAGCGAACGUAUCACUCCAACCUGCGGCGAGAUUGUCCCACCAAAGCCGGACCGCACUGAUUGAGUAUAAUCCGCGCUACCAUAUGAUUGCAAGUGCCGACCGAGACAUCGUUUUCUGGCUCCCUGAUGAGCCAUCCAGACCCUCCGACAAGUAG